AUGGCCAGGUGGAGUGUGUGGCGCAUCCCAGUGACGGUGCCCCCGUCAUGGAUUGGAGAGCUGACAACAGGUGUGCGCUGCAGCAGCAGUAUGCCGGUGAUCCGACAAGUGUACCCAGACAGCAGCAGCAUUGUCAGGCCUUUUAGUGAGAUUCCUGGACUGUGGAAAAAUGGAGUUGCCAACUUGUAUAAUUUUUGGAAACUGGAUGGCUUCAAAAACCUUCACCGCAUCAUGUUACAGAACUUCAACACCUUUGGACCCAUUUACAGAGAAAAAGUAGGUUACUAUGAUAGUGUGAAUAUCAUCAACCCUGAAGAUGCUGCUAUCCUGUUCAAAGCGGAGGGCCAUUAUCCUCAGAGGCUGAAAAUUGAAGCCUGGACUUCAUACAGAGACUACAGGAAUCGCAAAUAUGGAGUUCUAUUAAAGAAUGGAGAAGACUGGAGAUCAAACCGUGUGGUUCUCAACAAGGAGGUGAUUUCCCCAAAGGUGCUAGGAAACUUUGUGCCUUUGCUGGACGAAGUGGGGCAGGAUUUUGUGGCCAGAGUUCACAAAAAGAUAAAACGAAGUGGCCAGAACAAAUGGACCACUGACCUUUCUCAAGAGCUCUUUAAAUAUGCACUGGAGUCGGUGAGCUCAGUGCUGUAUGGGGAGCGUCUAGGUUUGAUGCUGGACUACAUCGAUCCUGAAGCUCAACACUUCAUUGACUGCAUCACCCUCAUGUUCAAGACUACCUCACCCAUGCUGUUCAUACCUCCUGCUCUGUUGAGGAGGAUUGGAGCGAAGGUGUGGCGGGACCACGUGCAGGCUUGGGAUGGGAUCUUCAACCAUGCGGACCGCUGCAUUCACAACACCUACCGGCAGUUACGAGAGGAAGAUGGCACUACAAAGAAAUACCCAGGAGUCCUGGCUAGCCUGCUCAUGCUGGACAAGCUGUCCAUUGAAGACAUUAAGGCCAGUAUCACUGAGCUAAUGGCUGGAGGAGUGGAUACUACUUCCAUAACGAUGCUGUGGACGUUGUAUGAACUAGCUCGGAACCCCAACCUCCAGGAGGAGCUGAGAGCGGAGGUGGCUGCAGCCCGGGCUGAAAGCCAGGGAGACAUGCUGGAGAUGCUAAAGAGGAUUCCAUUGGUCAAAGGAGCUCUGAAGGAAACACUGAGGUUACACCCGGUUGCAGUGAGCGUGCAAAGAUACAUAACCCAAGAUAUCAUUAUUCAAAACUACCACAUCCCAGCUGGGACUCUGGUCCAGUUAGGACUGUAUGCAAUGGGCAGGGAUCCCAAAGUGUUUCUUCGUCCGGAGCAGUAUCAGCCCUCCCGCUGGCUGAGGACAGAGACGCACUACUUCAGGAGCCUGAGCUUCGGCUUUGGCCCCCGUCAGUGUUUAGGACGCAGAAUAGCUGAAGCAGAGAUGCAACUCUUCCUUAUCCAUAUGCUGGAAAACUUCCGUGUGGAAAAACAGCGCCAUGUGGAAGUUCGGAGUACCUUUGAGCUCAUUCUCUUACCCGAGAAACCAAUAAUAUUGACUUUGAAGCCUCUACAGACUAGUCGGUAACGCCAAAUUUGAGAGACAAACUGUGGUGCAUGAUAAGCCAGGCUCAUUUCUAGAAAAGGCUUCACAAAGCAACACAAUAUAAAGACUAAUUAAAAGAUGUUGAUAAAGAAACUUUGGGAAAGAAGAUGCCCAAAACAUGCAUUAACAGAUUACCUCAGUAAAUCAAUAACCAGUGAAUAGUAAAUAUAUGUACUGUUUCUUAUUUGGAGAGUCAUUUGAACAAUGAUGUAAAUGCAUAGCGUGUAUGUACAAUAUAGUAAAAAACCUGAAAUGUACAGAUGCUUUAUUACAUGUGUUUAAUGGCAAAAUAUUUUAAACUAUAUAACAGUGAUGAAUAAAA